CUCGCCGCGGCCUGCCGCCAUGGGCCCGCGCCGCCGCCGCCGCCUGCCUCCCGGGCCACGCGGGCCGUGAGCGCCAUGGCCGUAGCCCCCGCGGGCGGCCAGCACGCGCCGGCGCUGGAGGCCCUGCUCGGGGCGGGCGCGCUGCGGCUGCUAGACUCCUCGCAGAUCGUCAUCAUCUCCACCGCGCCCGAUGUCGGCGCCCCGCAGGUCCCCGCCGGCCCGGCCGCGCCGCCCGCCGGCCCCCGCGAUCCUGACGUGCUGCUCUUCGCCACGCCGCAGGCGCCCCGACCCGCGCCUAGUGCACCGCGCCCGGCCCUCGGCCGCCCGCCGGUAAAACGGAGGCUGGAUCUGGAAACCGACCAUCAGUAUCUGGCUGGUAGCAGCGGGCCAUUCCGGGGCAGAGGCCGCCACCCAGGGAAAGGUGUGAAAUCUCCGGGGGAGAAGUCCCGCUAUGAGACAUCACUAAAUCUGACCACCAAACGCUUCUUGGAGCUGCUGAGCCGCUCAGCUGACGGCGUUGUUGACCUGAACUGGGCUGCUGAGGUGCUGAAGGUGCAGAAGCGGCGCAUCUAUGACAUCACCAAUGUCCUCGAGGGCAUCCAGCUCAUUGCCAAGAAGUCCAAGAAUCAUAUCCAGUGGCUAGGCAGCCACACCAUGGUGGGAAUCAGUAAGCGGCUUGAAAGCCUGACCCAGGACCUACAGCAACUGCAGGAGAGUGAGCAGCAGCUGGACCACCUGAUGCACAUCUGUACCACACAGCUGCAACUGCUCUCCGAGGACUCAGACAGCCAGCGCCUGGCCUAUGUGACCUGCCAGGACCUUCGAAGCAUCGCAGACCCUGCAGAACAGAUGGUCAUAGUGAUCAAGGCCCCUCCCGAGACCCAACUACAAGCUGUGGGUUCUGCGGAGACAUUUCAGAUCUCCCUUAAGAGCAAACAAGGCCCCAUCGAUGUUUUCCUGUGCCCUGAGGAGAGUACAGCAGGGCUCAGCCCUGGGAGGACCCCAUGCCAGGAGACAUCUGGGGAAGACAGGACCGCUGACAUUGGCACUGCAGGGCCUCCACCAUCACCUCCCUCCACAUCCCCAGCUUUGGAUCCCAGCCAAUCCCUGCUAGGCCUGGAGCAAGAACCAGUAUUGUCACGGAUGGGCAACCUGAGGGCCCCCACAGAAGAUGACCAUUUGUCACCCCUGGUGGCUGCUGACUCACUCCUAGAACAUGUCCGAGAAGACUUCUCUGGGCUCCUCCCUGGGGAGUUCAUCAGCCUUUCCCCACCCCACGAGGCCGUUGACUACCACUUUGGUCUCGAGGAGGGUGAGGGCAUCAGAGAUCUCUUUGACUGUGACUUUGGGGACUUGACACCUCUGGAUUUCUGACAGAAGCUUAGGGAGCCAGGGUGUCUGGUGAUGCCCAUCCUGUCUGCAGCUUUGGAGCCUCCUGCCCCGGGCCAUCUUUCCUGCCUCAUUGGAAAAGCAUGAUUCAUACCCUCUUCUCUGUCCAGUAGCUUCUGGCUCUGCCACACUGAGCAGACCGAAAGGGGAAAGAUUUUGUAUGGUGUGUGUGCAUGCACCCCAAGCUGCACACCGUGUGCCUGGGGUGAGAGUGUGUGUGUGUGUGCGCGCGCGCGCGUGUGCCUGCCGGGGAAUGAAGGUGAACACAUGUAUGUGUGCUGCAGAUACAUCCUGGUGUGUCCACGUGUGUGUGUGAAUCCACGUGUGUGCAUUGGGGUGGGGACGGCGCUCUAACUGCACUUUUGGUGUCCUUGCUGCAGGGGCCCCCGAACCCUGCCUCAGCCAGCCAGGUGAGGCGGCUUGGCUGGCUGGGUUUGCAGGGCAGCAAGAGCACUGCUUAAAGGUUUUCCGAUCGAAGCUUUAAUGGAGCGUUAAUUUAUUUAUCAAGGCCUCUCUGGCAAGCCUGGGGAGUGAGCAAAGGGUGGGAGGAUUGUGGGGUUGACACCCCAGCUUCCUGUACUCUGCAACAAGGGCAGGGUUCCCUAACUGUUCUUUUGCCCUACCCCAAAAGAGCUGAGGCCCAAGGAGUUUUAUUUAUUGGGAAAGGGGGGAGGGAGUCACUGACAUCCAUGGAUGGGUUGGGAAAAUGGUCCCUCUUUAGAAGGUUGUGCUAUCGCCUUGGCUGCAUCCAUGUGGGUUUGAGAUGGGAAGCGUGAGGGCCUUCACUGACAGGGUGGACAGGAUGGGUGGGCCUGGGGUCCCUCCUGUGGUUGGAGUGCUCUGUUAUCCCUGCCCACCCUCCAAUCAGCACUUUUGAUUUGUUUCCUAACAGUUCUGUUCCCUCCUGCUUUGGUUUUAAUAAAUAUUUUAAUGGUGUUAGGGCUGGGUUUGGGACUCUACUCUGCGUGAGGUUAGGGUCGGAGGGGAAUGCUCAUUCCCUGUUCCUGAUUUAGUUUCCUUUGGGUUUGUAAGCCCUUGAGAGAACACUGACUCUGAACUGGGAGAGUCAAGCAUGUUAGCUAAGUGCAGGGAAGGGAGAGUUAGAGCCAGCUUGCUGUGCAC